AUAAUCUUUAAGUAGAUUAGUAAUCAGUACUCGAUACAAGAUGAUUGUUAGUAUUCGGUCACAAAUCACGAAGUAAAUACGUAUAAAUUUAAUAUGAGAGCAAAUUCCUCUUUACCGGUAAAGCUUCUAGUUUGUGCUUUCGCCUUGCUACAACUAAUUUCAGCUUGCCAGAUGUCUUCAAAAUUCGAAAACAUAAAGUUCUCUAGUUUCAAAUGGCUAAACGAACCCUCUCAAUGGAGUUUGACAAACGACGUGCUUGAAGUCAGGACUGAAAAUAAAACAGAUUUCUGGCAAGGAACCUGGUAUAACUUUUAUUUUAAUUCUGGACAUGUUUAUGGCGUUGAGCUCAAGGAGGAUUUUACAUUAGAGAUCCUCAUAGAAGCAGAUUUCGAGACCCUGUACGACCAGGCUGGCCUGAUGAUCUACGUAGAUGAGAAGCACUGGCUCAAAGCUGGCAUGGAGUACAACGACGGGCAGUCGAUGAUCUCGAGCGUCCUUACCAACGAGAAUUCUGAUUGGGGCACAGGUGUAUACCCUGGAAACCCAAAAAAGUUUUGGCUACGUCUGACUAAAGUGGGAGCCGUGGUCUGUGUUAAGUACUCUGUGGAUGGAAUUACUUGGACUCUACUGAGGUUAGGUCCCUUUCCGAUAGCAGAGAAAUACUUCGUAGGCCCUAUGUGCUGCACGCCUCAGAGGGAAGGCUUGACUGCUAAAUUCAGCGGUCUGACCUUACGCCAACCGGAUGAAGAUAUUUUGCACUCAAACUAAUUAUCAGUAAAGGAUUAUCGUCAUUUCGUCAGCCUGAUGACGCCUACUGUUGGAUAUGGGUAGAUUGACCAGCACUACCACACCCGUUUGUGAACCUUCUUCAAUCAGCCACUUUUCGGCACCAUCUUUCUAUCGUCGAUCCAUCGUGCUGGAAUGCGCCCCAUACCAACUACUUACGCGAUAAAUAAAUAAAUAAUUAAUAAA